CACAACAUAUAGGCUGGUUCUACUGUCGUACCCCAUCAGAACACAACAUAUAGGCUGGUUCUACUGUCGUACCCCAUCAGAACACAACAUAUAGGCUGUAUUUACGCCAUUGUUUGUAAACAAUGUAAUUGUAAACAAACACUAUAUAUCCUCAUAACAUGGUUAAAACUGUCAUGUUGAUAUCAUGGAUGGUCAGUCAUUGCAUCCAUAGCUCUGUCUAUUAAUUUGAAUAUGGUUCCAGCUCCAUUCCUCAGCUGUUUACCCAGACAGAGGUGGGGAGACUGUGUCAACUGCUGAUUGGCCCCUUAAACUGUCACUAGUGUUGUUCUGUGAACGCUACUUUAACUGUUACCAGUGUUGUUUAUAUAAAAGCUACUUUAACUGGUACCAGUGUUGUUUAUAUAAAAGCUACUUUAACUGGUACCAGUGUUGUUUAUAUAAAAGCUACUUUAACUGGUACCAGUGUUGUUUAUAUAAAAGCUACUUUAACUGAUACCAGUGUUGUUUAUAUAAAAGCUACUUUAACUGGUACCAGUGUUGUUUAUAUAAAAGCUACUUUAACUGGUACCAGUGUUGUUUAUAUAAAAGCUACUUUCACUGUUACCAGUGUUGUUUAUAUAAAAGCUACUUUAACUGGUACCAGUGUUGUUUAUAUAAAAGCUACUUUCACUGAUACCAGUGUUGUGGUUCCUCUACCAGUGUAUAUGUGAACGCUUGUCUAACUGUGUUCUCCUGUGGCAGGAGAUGAUUCUGAAGCGGGCGGCAGACAUAGCGGAGGCUCUUUACAAUGUUCCCAGAAACCACAACCAGCUGAGCGGCCUGGGCAACAGCUCCGUCCACGCAGGCAUGAUGGGGGUCAACUCCUUCCCUGGCCAGCUGGCCGUCAACGUGUCCGAGUCCUCCCAGGGAGCCAAUCAGGGUGAGGGGGCGGGUCGAUACGGGUGUGGCGCUAUCGUCAUAGAAACCGGUUUCAGUCGGAACACGAGCAGCGUGUCUCCACAUGGCUAUGUGCCCAGCUCCACCCCCCAGCAGAGUAACUACAGCUCUGUGACCACCAGCAUGAACGGCUACGGCAACACUAGCAUGUCCAACCUGGGAGGAUCCCCCAGCUUCCUCAACGGCAGCGCUGCCAACUCGCCCUACGCCAUCGUUCCCUCCAGCCCCACCAUGGCAUCCUCCACCAGCCUGCCCUCUAACUGUAGCAGUUCCUCUGGGAUCUUCUCCUUCUCCCCUGCCAACAUGGUGUCGGCCGUCAAGCAGAAGAGCGCCUUCGCCCCUGUGGUGCGACCUCAGACCUCACCCCCACCCACCUGCACCAACGGCAACGGUCUCCAAGAUCAGUCUUUUGUGGACUCUAGCAAGUACUCCACAGCCAGCUCGCUGCAGGGCCUGGCCUUUUCCUGAAUGAUUCCUGGAAUGAUCGUUCCUCCCAUGUAAGCGAUGUUUGGGUAUGAGAGGAAAGACUCAGGAGUGGAUCUCAGCAUGUACCCAAGGCUCCAGUUGAGGACUGGUUCGUCAGUCCUGCGUUGAAGGAAUAGAACCCGUAACUCAGGCCCUUUUUAAAAGGAAUCACAUUUGAACUUUAAAAUAAUAAUAAGAAGAAAACGCAGCAUUUACAACAACCUCUUUGGAAUUCGUAAGAGUUGAACGCAAGGUCACAGAUUACCCAGAAAGCCCAACCCAGCUAAACAUGAGUUUUAUUUAUUUGGGAGAGGUUUAACUCAUACUUUUAUUUAGUGUUUUACCUUUGUGCAAAACCAUAUGUAUUUCCCAUCUUCAACGUGUAAUAUACACAAGUGAAAAUAUUAGAGAGAUUUUUUAUUUAUGAAUCUGAAAAAGAUAAAUUAAUACAUUGUUUGUGAAUGAUAGAAGACAUUAAAAUGUGAGUUAAAUAGUGAAGACUGAAUUAGAUUCAUACAAUUGCUGUACUCAUGAAUCAAGACUAGCCAAACCAGACAUUUAGACAUUAGUUUUGUACUACAGUGUGCUGGAUAGAGACAAUGCCACAUUCCCUAACUAACCCUAAGGCACAGAAAGACAUGCUAGGUAGCACAAGCUAACCAUGCACCAUUGCAGAAACUCUCUGCUUUCGAGUUCUUUUGGCCGCUGCAAACAGCCCCUACUCAUUUCUCACCCUCUCAUGCCUAGCAGAGACAGCCAUCGCUACGACUAGAAGCGUUCCCUUGUCACCACAGAAAGCAAGGGAUUUAUCCAUGAUGACACAUAGCCGGCCAUUCACUCCAUGUUGGCUGUGAGUGUACCGAUCGUGUCCCAGCUCCUAGGUGGUUGUCAGAGUUAGAGAGCAGAGCCUGAACCUGCUCUGAAUACCAACAGUGUCUCUACUGUCUGGUUGGUCGUCGGACCGAAAUCUUCCUGUGGAGCCACUCAGCAAAGCCCUGUAAACUGUACAUUAGAAACCUCUUGUUGAAGUGUUCUCUCUCUCUGCCAUCCACCUUGAAAUCUCAAUGAAGGAAACCAUAUGUUUUAAUAGGAUGUCGCCAUUUCACUUUUGCUAUUAUUGUGUGAGUUAUUUUUCUUUUUAUGAACUAUUCCUUGAUAGUUUUUGGUUUGUUGUGUUCUCACCAUGAAACUGUGAUCAUGGGUCGGCCAUUCAAAAUGUUUUUCUUGUUCCACCUUGUUACCGUACAACAGUUGAGGAUCUGAGAUAGGUUCAAACUGGGAGACACUUUAUAGACAGACUAAUGAGUCAACAUGAGGUGUUUAGUGGUGUCCCAGUCGCCAUGGUGAGACAUGGAAUACCCAGCACUGUAAAAGUGACCUAAUCCUCAGAUGCCCAGCAAAUAUCUGAAUCCAAACUUUUCAAUUGUCUUUUUUUUUUUUUCUCGGGUGAUGUGUGUUUUUGUAUAUCGUAAUACAUGUCUGUGAUGUUUCUUUAAAUUUUGCCAAAGUCAUUGUUUAAGAUAUAUUUAUACAUUUAAAGAAGUCUUAAGGCAGCUUUAGUGUCACGGAUGUCAUGUUUACUACAUACUCAAAAUGAUCCCAUCAACUUUAGCUCGGAGAGUUUAAAUAGUAAGGGAGAAACAGAAUGUUACUUAUCCACAUGAAUAAUGUACUAUCUCUCCUCAAUUUCUACAUUUAGCUUCUUCCACAUCCUUACAUGUGUAUGUUUGCAUUUUGUGACAGUGCCGAUCAGUUUUUAUUUGGUUGUUUACCACGUUCCGUGUUUAGAUGUGAUUCUGAUACAUUUCAUUUUUUACGUUGUAGUUUUUCUUAUGUUGUUUUAAGCCAUACUUCCAUUUCUAGCUCCAUCCACCCUAAAAGCCAUUGUCUAUUUUUUGUAUCAUUUUGGAAGUGAAUGAAAAUGUAUUUUUUUUUUCGUCUUGAUUUUGCGUUUGUUUUAUCAUAUGGUAAAGGUAGUAUAUUAUUCGUAUAGUAAAGAGAUUAUAUAAGUAUAUCAUUUGAAUUUCUUCUUUGCUUAGAUUUUUUUGGCUUAAAAAAAACCCGUAUACUGUUUAAAAACAAACAAUAUGCAUGUGGGUUUUCUUCCUAGCCAGGAAGUUGUGUGCUGAAAGCAGGAAGACCAUUUUGGG